AGUACUACGAUGCCGCUGGGGUCACUCCAACCCCCAUAACGGAGCCUCUACUUUGGUCAAUCCUCUUCGAGUGUAUUCGUGAUUGUGUGACAGGUACGUCACGAACAAGAAAUCAACAUUCCAGGUUAUAAUUUACGAAAAUUGUCAAUCCCUCUGACAUUUAUAAGUUCUCGAUGUCCCCAGUUGAGUUAUUCCAGACGUAAAGCCAAUUAAAACUACAAAGCUAUUGUCCAUUGCUCUCGAGUAUCUCCUCGAAGUAUACAGUGAUUCUCAAGAUUUUUCCUCAAACUCUGAAGUAUUAAGAAAAUAAUGGCGUUCGAAGGAAAAUACAACACCAAAAGUCCAGCGGUGAAGAGACUGAUGAGAGAGGCACAGGAAUUGCAUGAAGCCACUGAGGAAUAUUAUGCUAGUCCCCUAGAGGAAAAUCUUUUUGAAUGGCACUUCACAGUGAGGGGACCACCAUCUUCACCAUUUGAGGGAGGUGUUUACCAUGGCAGGAUCCUUCUUCCCCCUGAGUACCCCAUGAAGCCCCCGAACAUAAUCUUGUUGACGCCAAAUGGAAGAUUCGAGAUAAAUAAAAAAAUCUGCUUGAGCAUAUCUGGUCAUCAUCCGGAGACGUGGCAACCCUCCUGGAGCAUCAGGACAGCUUUACUUGCUCUCAUUGCAUUCAUGCCGACUCCUGGAAACGAUACUAUCGGUGCCCUCGAUUAUACCCCUGAGGAAAGACAAACUCUUGCAAAAAAAUCACAGAGUUGGCAGUGCGAGACUUGUGGAAAGAUCGUGGACUUGUUAUCAAAGGAUGGGAAAUCACAACCAAUAACUGCAGAAGAGGGGCACAUCUUGGGAUCGAUAACACUGAAGGCCGAGGAAUCGCCAGCCAGUGCCACGACAGCACCGACCUCCUUGCCAACUGCCAAUUUUAAACAAAUAUUGAGGCAGAGACUAAUGGAGAGGCACCGAGCGAAUAAUAAUUUCGCUCAGCGAACCCAAAACAGUGAUACUCUGUCCUCGUCGAACAAUUUGUUCUGGACUAUUCUCAUAGCUUCUCUGGUGUCAGCAAUAAUUCUUCUCGUGUUACGAAGGCUUUUUCUGGUUUAGAUUAUUGCUCUCUGACCAUAAAGAUGCUGGAACUGACCAGAAAUAUCUUUAUAGUAACUUGAUUGUCUCCAUCAAGACGUUCUAAUCCCCGGAAUUGAAUGAAUGAUAGAUUGUAUAAUCCGGAAGUAAUUGACGUUAGAAUUUAUUGAUAUGCCACAAGAGUGAUCCUUUUAAUUUUAUUUUCUCAGCAGUAUCAUGUCCCCGUCUUGUUAUAAUUCAUCGUUAGUUGAACAAAAAUAAUUUUUUCGUUGUACAAUUACCAACAACCAUUUUAUUUCAAUAAUCUCUGAUUUAUCUGUCCUCUUUCUAAGAUUGUAUAUAACGAUUAGCUUUCGUACGAAAUAAUCGAUAAAAAUCACGUGCAUUAAUCGACAAACUUACACAACAGAAAUCGUUAUUCAUUUCAAUAGUCGAUUGUAAUUAAAAUCAGUACUUAAACAUGUAAAAGUGGAUCAAACGUUUAUAAUCCCAGUGUCCAGGAUCAAUUAAUAAAUCCAUCGAAUAUCAUAUUGACUCUAACAGUAAAAAUUUAGAAUUUAUGACUGGGAAGUGAUCCAAGUGCUGAUGCUGCAAUAUUAGGGAGAAUGAUUUUCUUCAAUUCUUCAAGGCUUGUUAUAAUAAAAUAUAAAAUAUCAUGUAGCUGUUCAAUUGCUCUUUAAAAUAUCGAAGAUAUAGCCAAUAUAUUUGUUUCAACAGU